AUGCCUCCUUCCGAACUGAUUUCUGGAGUAAUGACCCAUCCGUUCUAUCACUCAGAGGAAGAGACCAGUUUCGUUCAACAGUCAAAGAUGGAUCCUCUUUCGAUACCACGUUCGACUCGAAACGAUCACCAUCAAGAGACCGUGGAUAGAAGUUCUAGCUGCGUCAGCCCUUCUGCAGAACCCGAAGGCAAGAGUCGCAACCCAGCAAGGCGUCGAGCUCCAGUUGCAUGUGUACGAUGUCGGAAGAGGAAGAUCAAGUGCAGUGGCGACACUGGGGAUGGACAAGGCUGUUCGAACUGUCGAAAUUCAGGAAACACGAACUGUCUGUUCUUGCGGGUCAACUCUCACAAUGCAUGGCCGUAUCCCACGAUGAAUGCUACACAACCUUCAUCUACGAGGCUGGGUAUAUAUCCACCUCAUAUGGCCUCGAAACCAGGAGAUUACUCGGUGAACUCUCCAAACAUGCGUGUUGCUUCAUUCUCACGAUCAUCCGACUAUGACAUGGGGUUGGACUCCCAGCAUGCAUUCAGUCGACAACCGUUUGGAGUCGACCCAAGUCUGAACUACGAAGAAGACCCAUCGACCACUCAUUCAUCGGCCUACAUGGUUCCUACUGGGCAUCAAGGAGCUCUGCCCGAUUACUAUGGGAUAGCCUGGAACACCAAAGGAUGGAGUCCUGGAAUGCCCAUCAACAAGGCCUCAAACGGAGCUCUAUACCAUGACCAAGAUGAAAGCUCCCUGACGCAACCGAACUAUUCCUACAUGUUACCUGGACAAGGGACUCAGGCAACGGAUGCCCCAUCACUUGGUCCUGCUAUGACUCUCGUCUCUGAUGGACAGGGUACUGAUCGGACACUUCCAACCCCUACAAUUCGAAACCAGCUUCAAACCAGUAUUUCCACUCUCCCAACAUCCCCUGAAGCCAUCUCUGGCCUACCUUUCUCACAGGACUUUCGAGUCGGAAAUAUCUGGGCUCCCAAGAGUGCUCCAUCUACCAGCAGCCGUUCCUCGAUGCGAGCAAUGUCAAACGGGGCAUACAGCGCCAGUCUCGUCAGCCGUGAGAAACCCAUCCCAUCUAGUGCACAAGACAUGGUCUUUGGGUUCAUUUCAAUGACUUCGGCCGGCACGCCAUCCCCGCUGAUUCCAUCGAGUGGAGCAUUCACGGGUACUGGUUUGGAUACGGUCGAUUCAGCCGAUGACUUCCGUGCCGCCACGGAUGCUCGCUUAACAAGAUCUUACUCCCGUGACCAUGGCCGCCUGAUGUCUCUUACAGAUUGCAGUCCAGAUGUCUACGGCUACAGCAGCAGCGAGAAGAACAAGAAUCGUUCAGACGACACAGGCUCAGCUGCUACCUUAAUGAAUGGUUUACCAUACACGCCUGUGAGGCAUUCCGACAACCACGGAGCCUUACCCUUCCACCUCCUCCCCACGGAUGCUAUGCCGGACUACCGAACAUCGACAGAAGUUCACCGGACAUCAAUUUCGUCUCAUAGUAAUCCUGGUGGCUUCUAUCACCAGCAGGAACUAUUGAAGCCAACGUAG